AUGGCGGGAAUAGCCAUAGUUUUAGAUCUGCUGAAGAAAUCUCAAUCCAAACACAGUCUCCACUCAUCGUCCCUGUCUUCCGCCUCCGUCGUCGCUUCUACCGCCGCUGUUUCUGCUGCUGCCGGUGCUCCUUUCGCUUCUAGGUUUCUCUUUGGAGCUUUUGAGCCUCGAGUUGCAUAUUGUGAUGCGGCAGCUGCAAUCGACGAUGACUACCUUGCCUCCAUACGAAAACUGUCCGCGGGCGUAUUGCAGCGACAACCACCGCUUACAUACAUUUCUUCUAGCUUUAAGCAAUACGACAUCCAGCCAAAGCCGCUUUUCUCGGCCUUUGAGUUCAGGGCACUCGCAAUGACUACAGUGAGAUCCCUCCUCAUGUUCUAUUUGCCUCUCUUGGAGCCUAAAACGGCCUCAGAGGACGAUGAGGAUUUCCUAAACAAUGCCGCGGAAGCUCCCCGUGCCGACUUGAUCGUUCCUCUUAAAAAGUCCGCAAAGCAAAUUGCCCGUGAGACCACAGUUGUGACCACUCGGAGAGUCCUGGAAAGGCUGGCUGUGAGUUAUGUCUCACAGCGUAUGGCAUGGAAACUUCUAAAGGAUGUGCCUAAAUCGGCUUUACGUAAGGCUGAGAGAGGUUGGCCUACACAUUUAUACAUCUUUAAAGUCAGCCAGACAACUCUUAGAGGACAUUUCCUCGGAAUUGCUGCGUCAUGGACAGUACAAGUAGGUAUAGAAAUAUACAGAUGCGUAUCAUCCCGGUACGUUAAACAUCCCGAGGACGAAGAAGAGGAAGCGAUCGAGAUAGCAGAGCAAGCGAAAGAGCUCGGAAGCAAAGUUGUGGGAAUCACAGUACGAUGUGGUUCUUCCUUACUGUUUGCUGCCAUCGGAGCAGGCAUCUGCUCGUGCCUUAUCCGUCCCUCCACGGGCCAAUGGAUCGGCUGCGCGCUGGGGGAGUUGGCUGGUCCGAUGGUUGUUUCGUUUUGCCUGCAGAAGACUCUUCAAGCUGAUAUUGGACAGGUCAUGGCGGUAGCACAUGUUGCAAGAAAAUGUUUGGGUCGGAAGAGAAGGAAGCGACCAGUUAUGAGAAAAGUACUGUUGGAGUUGGAGAUGAUCCGUUCCUCUCCGAAAGAUAUGGAGCCGCCGCAUGCGUAUGUAAGUGAAGACGAGGAAGAUGAAGGAGAUUUCGAAGUAGUUUACAUAGGGGCUAGGGCUCGAGUCGAGGAACAACGCAGCUUUUACUGCUCCUUCUCCUCGUGCUUAUUUGUGUGA